AUGAGUCCUUGUAUAGUACCAGUCCUUUUGGUGCCUAAAAGGGAUGGUACUUGGCACAUCUGUGUGGACUGUAGGGCUAUCAAUAAAAUUACUGUAAAGUAUAGACAUCCUAUUACUAGAUUGGAUGAUAUGUUGGAUGAAUUGCAUGGUGCUGUUGUUUUUUUUAAAAUUGAUUUGAAAAGUGGAUAUCAUCAGAUUAGGAUGAAAGAAGGUGAUGAAUGGAAAACCGCAUUUAUGACAAAGAACAUGAUUGAGCAUAUGCAACAUUUGAGAUGUGUGUUUGAUGUGUUGAGAAAAAACAGAUUUUUUCAUGGAUUAGCUAGUUUUUAUAAGCGGUUUGUGAAAGACUUUAGUACCAUUGUUACACCAUCAAAUGAGCUUGUUAAGAAAAAUGUUGCUUUUGUGUGGGGUAUUGGUGCUGUAUUAAUGCAGGAAAGGAGACCAAUUGCAUUUGUUAGUGAGAAGUUGAAUGGAGCUACUUUGAAUUACUCUACAUAUGAUAAGGAAUUGUAUGCAUUGGUACAGAACAAGUUGAAUAGGCAACAUGCCAAGUGGGUGGAGUUUAUUGAGACAUUUCCUUAUGUGAUCCAGUAUAAGCAGGGAAAGGAAAAUAUAGUAAUUGAUGCUUUAUUUAGAAGGUAUAAUUUGCUUGCUAUCCUAAAUACUAAGUUACUUGGUUUUGAGUUUGUGAAAGAUUUAUAUGCUGAGGAUGUUGAUUUUGCUACUGUGUUUGUUGCUCGUGAGAAAAUUGCAUUUCAAAAGUUUUAUAGGCAUAAUGGAUUUUUGUUUGGGGAAAAUAGAUUGUGUGUGCCUAAUGGUUCUAUGCAUGAAUUGCUUAUGAUUGGAUCACCUUCUGGUGGUUUAAUGGGAUAUUUUGGUGUGGCAAAAACUCUAGACAUUUUGAGGGAUCAUUUUUUUUUUUUUGCCACACAUGAGAAGGGAUGUGAAAAGAGUCCAGAUUCGAGGACAAAUCCUUUUAAGCAGGAGGGGAAUGAUGGAGAUCCACCAGCAUCUAGUCUGGGAGUGAAACUUCAAGGUCUAAUUACUAGAGCCAGAGCCAGAAUGCUACAAGGCCUAGUGUAA